UAUAAAUAUGAUAAAAUGAUAUCAGACAUGAAAGAAACUUCUUGGACUGCUGAGUGCGCAGGUGGUUCUCGGCAAUGGACAUAUCAAACUUGUAAUGAGUUUGGUUUUUAUCAAACAUCAACAAAUAAAAGUGAUACAUUCGGCGACCGUUUUGGAGCAGAUUUUUUCAUACAUCAAUGCAUGGAUAUAUACUCAGAUAGAAUGGAUGCAGAAUAUCUCGAUCAAGUUGUAGCUAAUACAAAUACCUUCUAUGGUGCUUUGAAGCCUGAAACUACUAAUGUAUUGUACGUACAUGGUUCAAUUGAUCCUUGGCAUGCACUUGGUUUAAUCAAUAGUAAAAAUCCAAAAACACCAACAAUUUAUAUAGAAGGAACUGCACACUGCGCAAAUAUGUAUGAACCGAUCCAUACUGAUCCACCACAAUUGGUUGAAGCUCGUAAUAAAAUAAUCAAAUUUUUGGCAAAAUUAUUACAAAGUUACAUUUCUCUCUAAUAUUUAAGCAACUAACAGAUAUGUACGAUUGAACAAAGAAUUAAUUAGUUUUUACCAAA